AUGCGCCAUGUUCGACGCAUUCUGCGUGCAUCUGUUUCCGUACGAUCACUUCUUCUAGCUCAAGGACAACGACAACACCAACUACAACAACAAGUACAACCACAACCACAACCACAACCACAACCACAACCACAACGACUACCCGCGGACGACAUGUACAAUGUAUCAAUGGUCGAUUUCAAAUUUAAUAUUGCUGCUAAUGCCAAAUGGACACAGAAUGGUAUGACUGUUGCUGGUGGCCACGGACAAGGGGAUGCCGCUAGUCAACUUUAUGGGCCUCAUGGUUUCUCCGUUGAUGAUGACCAAACAGUGGUUAUUGCUGACUACGUGAAUCAUCGUAUCACUCAAUGGAAGAAAGGUACUACAACAAAUGGACAAGUUGUUGCUGGUGGAAAUGAUCAAGGAAGUGGAUUGAAUCAAUUGAAUUGGCCAAGACAUGUAUUAAUUGACAAAGAGACGGAUAGUCUCAUUAUUUGUGAUUCAGGGAAUAAACGAGUUGUACGAUGGUCUCGUCGUAGUGGCACAAAACAAGGUGAAAUUCUCAUUGACAAAAUCGAUUGUUAUGGAUUGGCAAUGGAUGAUCAGGCAUAUCUCUACGUCUCUAACGCCCAAAAACACGAAGCAAGACUAUAUCAAUUGAGUGAGAAGAAUGAGAUUCUCGUUGCUGGUGGAAAUGGCCAAGGUACUGGUACCAAUCAGCUUAAUAAUCCCCACUAUCUCUGUGUCGAUCCACAACAGAAUGUUUACGUGUCAGAUGAGGGAAAUAAUCGCGUAGUGAAGUGGAGUAAAGGUGCAAAAGAAGGUAUUGUGGUCGCUGGAGGUCAAGGCGAUGGGAAUGCUGUGACUCAAUCAGCUUAUCCUAAUGGGCUCUUCGUCGAUGCAUUGGGUACCCUCUAUGUAGCAGAAUCGAAGAAUGAUCGUGUAAUGCGUUGGGUUCAAGGAGCAAAACAAGGCACUUUAAUUGUCGGUGGAACUGGUCAAGGCGCCGGAGCGAAUCAACUAAACAGUCCCCUUGGUUUGUCUUUCGAUCGACAUGGUAAUCUCUAUGUCGCUGAGUAUGGAAAUAAUCGUGUUCAACGAUUUUCUAUCGCAUAA